AUGAACAACGAGACGACGAAGACGAACGGAAUCGGCGACGACGACAUCGACGAGACGGCGAGCGAUAACGACGAGGAGGAGGCGGAGGAGCAGAGGUACAAAAAACUGGUGAUAACGGCGUUGUUAUUGUACUGUUUCACUCGGUUCAUUCAUUUUCUUACCUCUUACAAAAGGCAAUUCUUUGAGACGCUCAGUUUCUUAAAAAGAAUAGACUCCGUAUCAGAAUUUGCUACAAACUACAAACUUUUUAGCCGAGUUCGAUUCCCCUGUAAUGUUUUUUGAUUUUCGUUUCGUUUGAGAUGUUCUAACAAAAUUACAUUGUCAAAAUUCACAGACAAUUCAGCUGAAACCCGUAUAAAAAGCAUGACUGUGGUUCCUGAAUUCUGUUAGAAGUGAAGACAAUGAGGCAGUAAUUUUUUCUGAACGAUUAAGGUGAACGCAUUGCAAGUCAAACUAGAAGUGCUGAAACUGGAAAAUAAUGUUUUGAGUCUCCAAUUUCAGAGGUCGUUCGGUCUCCCACCUGCGUCUGCUGAAUGCUCCGCGGAACUCUGUGUGCAACGCGAACACCAUCCACAGCAUUUCGUCGUUCAGGUGACCGAACCUUAUAAAACCAUUCCAUUCUCUCAGUUUGCAGAUCCGACCAUCUGUCGCGUAAAUCCACACACAAAUUUCUCGACAAUCCCAACUUGUUCGCCAUCGAACUCACCGAAAAACUGUCGCCUCCGUGGAUCGAGAACACGUUUGAAAGGCGCGACUGUGUGCGCUUCGUGCCGCAAUCGAAGGACGCGGAACGGUGCGGAUGCGGCCGUUCCCUUUCCGCGCACUCUUCCGCGUGCCGCAUCUUCUCCGCACUGCCACGUCAUCCGUUGCUCGAGAAGGAGCAGCAGACGUGGACGAUUGCGAACAACACGCAGACGUCGACGACCGACGCGUUCGGCACGAUCGUCUUUCAGGGCGGAGCACACGCGCACAAGGCUCAGUACGUGCGGUUGUCGUACGAUUCGGAGCCGUUGGACGUGAUGUACUUGAUGGAGAAGGUGUGGGGACUCGAGGCGCCGCGUCUGGUGAUUACGGUGCAUGGAGGAAUGAGCAACUUUGAGUGAGUUCCCACUCAAAUACGCAUUCAACAACACUGUUCUGCAGACUCCAAGAGCGUCUGGGUCGCCUGUUCCGUAAAGGAAUGCUGAAAGCGGCGCAGACGACGGGCGCGUGGAUCAUCACGAGCGGUCUGGACUGCGGAGUCGUGCGCCACGUCGCAAAAGCACUCGACGAGGCCGGCAUUUCGGCGAGAAUGCGCUCGCAGAUCGUGACGAUCGGCAUCGCGCCGUGGGGAGUGAUCAAGCGCAAGGAGAGGCUGGUCAGUGCGCUUUUCUAUUCGAAAAUGCAGACUUCUAUUGUAGAUCCGAAAAAACGAGCACGUCUACUAUGAUGUGCACUCGCUCUCCGUCAACGCGAACGUCGGAAUUCUCAACGACAGACACUCGUACUUCCUUCUUGCCGAUAACGGAACCGUCGGAAGGUUUGCAUUGUAGAAAUGGAGGCGAAAUGAAAGAUUCUUUGCAGAUUCGGCGCCGACUUGCAUCUCCGUCAAACUCUCGAGAAUCACAUUGCCACGUAUGGAUGUAACGGUCGGAAAGUGCCGGUCGUUUGUACGCUUUUGGAGGGAGGCAUCAAUUCGAUCAAUGCAAUUCAUGAUUAUGUUACCAUGUGGGUUAAAUCAAGGCAACGGCUGGCUUUCUGGUAAAACAUAUUUGUUAGGGAAUAAUUUGGAGGCCCGGCAGUUUAAAGGAUCGGUUAAAUUGAAUUAUGUGCGAACGGCACCCCAAUAUCGUUUAUUCAAAACUCUAUAUAUGUUCGUUAUGGGGCUAUUCAGCGUAUGUUUGUUUUCCGUUUUUUUUCGUUUUUUUACAUCGCUGAAUUGGAUUUUUUUACGUAAAAAAACGAAAAAAACGGAAAACAAUCAUUUUUUCACAGCCUGAAUAACCCCAUUAAGAAAUUCAAAAAUUACGAAAAAGUGGUUUCGGAGUCUCGUUGCAUAGCAUUAUAAAAAAUUUGAUUGAAAAAAUUGAAAAAAUUUGAAAAAAAAAAUUUGAAAAAAUUAAAAAAAAAAAUCAAAAUUGUUCUUUCGGUAAUUCUCGAAAGGAACGAUUUACCACCGAAACUCUUUCGGUAAAAACGUUUUUACCGAAAAUUUACCGAAAUUCACUUCUUUCGGUAAAAAAAAUUUCGGUAAGGCACACUGUUUCGGACCGGAGCCUGAGAAAAGAGUGAACGUCGGAAAGUCAGAAAAACGAAAAUAGUUGUGUAGAGUCUUUGAAACUCGACUUUUUUUAUUCCAAACUUUCAGGAAGCCCGACAUCCCGGCCAUUGUGUGCGAUGGAAGUGGCCGGGCGGCGGAUCUCAUAUCAUUCGCCGCCAGAUACAUCAAUCCCGACGGGUACCCUUCAUCCAUUCUCCACUUCCAACACUUUUCUCUCUUUUUCUAGAACAUUCGCCGCAGAAGUGGGCGAGAAGCUGCGAAAUUUGAUCAAAAUGGUGUAUCCGGACAGUGAGCUCGAGGAGUUGCUCACCAAAAUCACGGAAUGCGUCAUUCGCGACGAUCUUUUGAGAAUAUUCAGAUACGGAGAGGAAGAGGAAGAAGACGUCGACUUUGUCAUUCUGAGUACGGUACUUCAGAAACAGAAUCUGCCGCCCGACGAGCAGGUGAGCGCAUUUUUCAAAGUUUGUGACACACUGAGCUUCACAAACAACGCUCUAAUUUUGACCCGGAACAACAGCGUUUUCAAGUGUUGCAUAUAAUCUAAUUGCAUAGUUAGCACUGACAUUGUCGUGGAACCGUGUGGAUCUCGCGAAGAGCUGUUUGUUUUCGAACGGACGGAAGUGGCCGAGCGACGUGCUCGAAAAGGCGAUGAAUGACGCACUCUACUGGGACCGCGUACGUGUGUUUUUUUCGGUAGAAUCUAAAUUGACACCACUAUCUUAACCUCUCGAUUAUGUAUUUGUAGGCAUGUUGAAACUCAACUUCUUUUUUAAUCAAAUUUUGAAGCAAGAGUCUCUAAAAGUGACAUAUCGUUUGCUGUUUCAGGUCGAUUUCGUGGAAUGUCUCCUCGAGAACGGAGUGUCCAUGAAGAACUUCUUGUCGAUUAAUCGACUGGAAAAUCUUUAUAACAUGGUGCGUUUUGUGGAUUUUCGGCCCUAAUUUGAUUGAAACCAUGGAUGGAAGUAUAUUGGGUCCAAGUUACGAAUCGAUCGGAUUAUCUGGUCCCGAGAUAUGUGGAUCAAAAAGUACAGAACCUUUUCGGACUAAAAUCGGUAUAUCUAGGGACCAGAUGAUUGGAUCGAUCUGAAGCUUGGACCCAAGAUACUCCAAGUCCAAGAAGCGACUGGGUAGCUUUGUGAAACUAAACAAUUGCAGGACGAUAUAAACAGCGCGCACUCGGUCCGAAAUUGGAUGGAAAACUUUGACUCGAUGGACCCGCACACGUACCUCACCAUCCCAAUGAUCGGACAAGUGGUCGAGAAGCUCAUGGGAAACGCGUUCCAACUGUAUUACACAUCUCGAAACUUUAAGGCAAAGUAUGAUAGGUACAAGCGAAUGAAUCAGGUUUGUCGCUUUAAAGUUCUACAUAGAAGCAUCGCGACGUUUCAGAGCAGUUACUUUUAUCGCAAGCGGAAAAUAGUGCAAAAAGAGCUGUUCAAGAAGAAGUCGGACGAGCAGAUGAACGAGAAUCAGGAGGAGGACUUCUGCUUCGCCUACCCGUUCAACGAUUUGCUCGUUUGGGCGGUGCUGACGAGUCGGCACGGAAUGGCGAGGUGUAUGUGGGUGCACGGGGAGGACGCGAUGGCCAAGUGUCUCGUGGCCAUCAAGUAGGCAUACUAAACACCACCUAAAAUGACAUGUAACGUGUUCAGACUGUACAAAUCAACGGCUAAGAUAGCAGAGGACGAGUACCUGGAUGUUGAGGAAUCGAAGCGACUCUUCGACAAUGCUGUGUGAGUUCGGUUCUGUUUGGUUCGAACUUUAAGAGCAUCCGAUUGUCUAGAAAGUGCCGAGAAGACGCGAUCGAAUUGGUCGACCAGUGCUACCGAACCGAUCACGACCGGACUCUGCGUCUUCUCCGAAUGGAACUGCCUCACUGGGGCAACAAUAACUGCCUUUCGCUCGCCGUUCUCGCCAACACCAAAGCGUUCUUGGCGCAUCCCUGGUCAGCUUUCGACUGCUUUAUUACUAAUCAAUUCCAAGACUAGACAUUAACAAUCGGAAACUGAUGGUCACAGUUUCAAAAGUUCCAGAUAUUUGAGCAAUUUGUGAGAGAUUCUUGAUGUUUUCUUGACGGGCCUCAUGAAAUUUAAUUGAAGCAUCAAUGUUUCGCUGAUUCGACACCCGAAUCCCACAACACUUAUUGAAUUUAAGCGCCAGCACGGCAAUCAAAAACUUAGAAAGGGGCGUGGCCUAGCGCCUGCACGGUUUAUCAGCAUUUUGGCGCGAAAUUCGAAAUUUAACCCCAUUUUUCAUGUUUUUCGUCAAAAAUUACUCAAAUUUUGUACGACUUCUACGAUGUAAUUGCAUAACUUUGUUAAACUAAUCAUCGCGGCACUUUUUGAGCUUACAACGAGCAGGUUUCAUUCAGAAAUGAAUCAAUUUAAUCGAUUUUCAAGUUUUGUGCUGAAAAUGCGCGAAUUUCAGUCAUUCGCCGAUACUUUUUGCCGUUUGAACGCUUAAAAUACUUGUAUUAACGUGCUUAAUCACUUCCGACACUCACUUCGUCUCAAAACUAUCCACAUCGGCCGGCAUGAAAAUUCCGAAAUUGCGGCGGCGAUUGGCCGCGGAGAGCGUAUUGCGAAAUAUGCCAAAAACGUCUCAAACGCGGCGUUUUCACGAAAAUUUCAAUGUUUUCUCUCUUUAAUGUCUCUUCUUUCGUCGAUAUCAAACACAAAGAUAUCGGAAAAGUGUGCUGGAAUUGCGGCAAUUUACAGAAAACGUGUCUCAGAUUAGGCCACGCCCCAUUCUACACUUUUGGUAGCCGUGGCCAUUCAUAUUUCAUUAUUGUCCAAAAACAGCGAACGUUCAGACUAGAUUCGAAGUCACUUUCAAAUGAAUACUGUUUCUGUGAGUCCACAAAAAGAAGCCUGUUUCUGCGAGUCUGCUCACUCUCAUCCCAUCUGAAUUCGAAACCGGCGAAGACAUACAUAAAUACAUACAUAUUUAUGAGAAGAUCUACAGUUCCAGAACAAACAGUCGUACUGUGUUGAAACCGAAAACUCUUCUGAUUUCCAGCUGUCAAAUUCUGCUCGCCGAGCUGUGGCACGGAUCGCUCAAAGUGCGAUCGGGCUCGAACGUGCGUGUGCUCACCGCCCUCCUCUGUCCGCCCGCCGUCCUCUUCCUCGCGUUCAAACCGAAAAGAGCGCAAAACACGCGGAGCACGGAGGAAUGUGCGGAGGAAAACGGAUUGCCGCGGGACAGCAUCACCAGCCAGACGUCCAACUUCAAUCGAUAUCGCUACCGGAAGGCGUCGUCGUCGGUCGAGCAGAAAGAGACGCUUUUGGAGAAGGGCGCCAAGAAAGUGACUAUUGUGAGUUCGCGCAAGAACUCCGGCGUGGCAAGUGUGUACGGAUCCGCCUCGUCGAUGAUGUUCAAACGGGAGCCGCAGUUGAGCAAGUUCGAGAAGUUCCAAGCGUUCUACUCGGCGCCCAUCACAAAGUUCUGGUCAUGGUGCAUCGCGUUUUUGACAUUUCUGACCACUCAAACGUGUAUUCUGCUGCUCGAGACGUCGUUGAAACCGUCAAAGUACGAAUGGAUCACACUGAUCUAUACGGUCACACUGUCCGUCGAGCAUUUGAGAAAGGUAAGACGGUACAAUUAAUUUAAUUCUACAAAAUGAAAACGUCGGAAAAGUGUAGAAGAUGAAACCGAAAUCAAUACCGUUUAUUCCAAUGGAUAUAUCUCAGCUGGCGGCGGAGUUUACAAAAAGUUGUCAACUGAGAAAAUGUGCACAUUUUCUUGAUAAACAAUUUAUUAGUUGACAACUUUCUGAAAACUCCACAGACAGAUGAGAUACACGAUUUUGAAUGUCACUUCCAGUUGCUCACAUCGGACGGCUCUCGGAUAAACGAAAAGAUCAAAGUGUUCUACGCGAAAUGGUACAAUAUCUGGACGUCGGCCGCGCUUCUCUUCUUCCUCGUCGGCUACGGAUUCCGAUUGGUUCCCGUCUACAGACACUCGCUCGGAAGGGUCCUUCUCUCGUGCAGCAAUGUGCUCUUUCACAUGAAGGUUCGCACUUUUCAUCACAAUCUUUCGGUUUCACAGUAUUCGAAUGAGUCUCAAAAAAAAGCGCUCUUUAAAUUCGCCCCCAUCGUUCCAGACGUUCGAAUAUCUGUCCGUGCACCCGCUGCUCGGUCCGUACAUCCAGAUGGCCGCCAAAAUGGUGUGGUCGAUGUGCUACAUAGUCGUGCUGCUUCUGGUGCCGCUCAUCGCGUUCGGAGUGAACCGACAGUCGUUGACCGUCCCGAAUGUGAAGGAUUGGAACUGGUUGCUCGUGCGCAACAUCUUCUACAAACCCUAUUUUAUGCUGUACGGAGAGGUGUACGCCGGAGAAAUCGAUACUUGCGGGGACGAGGGCAUCCGCUGCUUCCCCGGAUACUUUAUCCCGCCCCUGCUCAUGGUCGUCUUCCUUUUGGUCGCCAAUAUUCUCCUCCUCAACUUGCUCAUCGCUAUUUUCAAGUGAGUUUCACAUUUUAUCACCGUCAAAGGUUCAGACAACACUUGUCACAGUUUUCCAUUUAAUUUGAAAAGUCUCUGAAACUUACUAUCACUAUUAUCCUCCGCUCUAAUGAUCUCAGAGCGUUUAAAAGAGCCAGGAAACCUCAAAUUGUGAAGUCCUACUUUAUACAACUUUAAUGUAACUUCUAGUCACUUUCAGCAACAUUUACAACGAUUCGAUCGAAAAGUCCAAAGAGAUUUGGCUGUUCCAGAGAUAUCAACAGUUGAUGGAGUGAGUUUCGAGGCAACUUGUGUUUCAUGGUUCCAAUAGUUGAGCGACACAUUUCUUGAAUGCUUGUUGAACAAAACUUUGAACGAAAUCUAUCGGUUGCAAAACGUAUCAAUCAUCUUCUUUCUUUUUCGAAUAGUUUGCUUACAAUGAUUGUAAAAACGAGACGGAACGGCAUUCCAUUGUAUCUCAGUUGUCGGUGGAGAUAUUAAAAUGUGGUCAACUAGCAAAAUGUACAGUAUUUAUUACUGAGUAAUUUGUCAGUUGACAACUUUCCGAUAUCUCUAUAGGUAGCUGAGAUAUGACGAUUUGAAGAAACUGUAUUCAAAUUCAACUAUUUCCAAUGCGAAUUAUUGCUCUUCAGAUACCACGACAGUCCGUUCCUUCCGCCUCCGUUCAGUAUAAUCGCCCACGUCACUCACUUCAUUUUCUAUCUCUACAAUGUAAAUUCACUCUUUCUUGGCCCUUUGAUCAGCCUUUUUCCAGUUGCGAAGUAAACGUCCGGACACAGAACGUUUCCGAUCCGAAUACUCGAUCAGUAGGCUCAUUUUCGCCCGAAAAACCCCGCUAAUUUCCGUUCAGAAUUGGGUGUGAGUGAGGAUGAAAUGAAACGAAUGCAAGAUUUCGAAGAGGAUUGUAUCGACACGUUGACAAGGACGAGACGAUUGAAAUUGGACACGAAAAAACCGUUGGAUAUGGCCGAUUUGUAGGUGAAAAUAUGGGUUGUAGAUGGAAAAGAGGGGUGUUUCAGAACGGAACUGACUUGCCAACGAGUGCACGAUCUGAUGCAGGAGAACUUUUUGCUCAAAGUCUGUUUGUUUCCAUCAAACGACCAGAAAUGUAGCCUUUUUUAGGGUCGUGUCUAUGACAUUGAGUCCAAAAUCGACCACAUUUCGAAUGCGAGUGAUGAAGUCGUUCAGUUGCUCAAAAACAAGGUACCGGAUCCUGUGCACCGGGGUGCAAAUAUUGUCGUUUUCUACAGAAAGCCUCCCAGAACUUUGCCUCGAGUCUGUCACUUCCGGAAACUUCCAUCGAGGUGCCCAAGUUCACGUAAGUCGGAGAAGUUCAACGUUUUGGUAUUGACAAAACAAUCGCAUUCCUAAAAAGUUGCUUUCAAUUUCAUUACAAGUUUCAAAACGUUCUUUUCCAAACUACAAUUCACUAACAAGUAAUUGCAAUGGUUCUUUUUCUUUUUUGCAGACCUUGAAUCUCAGCUGCCCAUAAAGAUAUCAAAAAGUUGUCAACUAAUAAAUUGAUCGCUUAUAUAUUUUGUACAUUUUAUCAGUUGACAACCUUUUGAUUUCUCUACCCACAGCUGAGAUGCAUCGUUUCGAAUGAGAAGUAUUGGUUGCGGUUUCACAAUAGUCUCAAUUCAAUGCUCUUGCUACUUUGAUUGCAGCAAGCCACUCAUCGACUGUCACCUUUCGCCCGUCUCCAUUGAGGACCGUCUGGCAACUCGGUCCCCGCUGCUCGCCAACUUGCACCGAGAUCACACUCUCCGCAAAUAUGACGAUGUAAUCUCGAUCCGGUCGGGAAAUUCUCUGAAAUUCGCCAUUUGUUCAGGCCAACUUCCCGGCAGUCAGCCUUCAACGGAGACCCCGAUUACACUCGAGUUCGUUCUCGAUCUCUCAGGAUAUGAGGGACAUGAAGACGUGAGUUUUUUUUUUCAUGUUUCAAUCAUUUUUUAUGUUUCUUCACACAAUUUGUCUACAAUCAUUGCCUCGCACUGAUCAUGGCUUUUUCAUGAAUUUAGCAGGUUUUCUCUGAUUUUUGUGGUCAACGGCGAUGAAAAAUGAUUGUUCGACAUGAAAACACACUAAUUCUCAGAAUUAAUGACGUUUUGGCGCAUUUUUCGCGGACUUUGCUUUUUCGCCUUCGCCGCCUAAAAAGCGCACUUCUCAUUUUGCGCGCUUUCUUGACCGUUUUCCGACAGAAGUGGUUUUGAGAGUGAUAAAUCACGUAAAUACAAUCAUUUUGAGCGCUCGAACUGCGAAAACUAGCGAAAAGCAACUGAAAUUCACGCAGUUUUAGCCAAAAAACUUCAAACGGAUAAAUGUGAUUUGCGACUUCACCAAAUUUAACGCUCUUGCGCUUAAAAAAUUCGUAAAAGCCUAUACAAUCGGUCUAUCGAGCGACAAAUGAGAAAUUAUCGGUUUCUCGUGGCUAAUCUGGCAAAAAACACAAACUGUGCUGUUAAAAUUUGAAUUUCGCGCCAAUGUAUCGCUCUAUUGGGCGGGGCGCACUUGCGCGCCCAUUGUCAGCUCUGGAGACCGUGUGAAACAAAGCGCAACUUGACUCAAAAAGAGGCUACAAAUACCAAACACAAAUCCAAUUUUAGAGGAAUAUUGCAUCUUUCAGAAGCUCCAGCUCGAAGAACUUGAACGGAGAGGAUUCUGGAGACUCCGCCUCCGCCCCUUCUCGCGACGAAUACGAUUCGGACAUUUCUGGACCGGUCUAG